AUGGACAUGUUGGAGGAGUACUUUCACGGACCCCCAGCUUCUCAACCCUCGCUACAUACACAGCCGCCUCCUCACAAUCCUAACAAAAUGAUGGGACCUCACAAUCAGUGCAGCUCCCACUGUGAAGAAACUUUAACUGUCAAAGUGCAGCACCACUGUGAAGAGAAACUUGGCAAGAUCCAGAGGUUUUUUGUGAAGGCUUCAAAUCUGGGAUGCAUGAAAAUUGUACAACCUUUUAUGUCACCGCGAUACGCAGGAGGUCCAAGACCCCCAAUCAGAAUGGGAAGCCAGCCUCCAGGUGGUGUUCCCGGUGCACAGCCAUUGCUACCAAACGCAUUGGAUCCCACACGGCAGCAAGAACAUCCUGGUAUGGGUGGGCCAAUGCAGAGAAUGAACCCUCCUCCACGAGGGAUGGGCCCAAUGGGACAGCAGUCUGAUCCUUGGUUAUUGUUGCAGAGCUAUGGCGGUUCAAUGAGACCUCCACCCAAUUCAAUAGGUCCCGGCAUGGCGGGAAUGAACAUGGGUCCCGGGGCUGGACGACCAUGGCCUAAUCCUUCUAAUGCUAACUCAAUUCCGUACUCCCCUUCAUCUCCUGGUACAUAUGGGGGGCCCCCUGGUGGCGGAGGUCCUCCAGGAACACCGAUAAUGCCAAGUCCAGCAGGUACAGCCUCCCUAUCUCAUUACUCCAGUGUUAUAAUAUUAAAUACAUGCUAAUUUUAACUACUAUCUGAGAUUUAUAUUAAAAUGUGUGCAUUUUCCACAUUUUAACCUAAAUGCCCUGGCAGUAUUUUUUUUCUCUAAGAUUGGAACCCUGCCUGCUUUUGCUGCCUGUAUUUGCCUGUAAGUGCUGAUCACACAGUUUUAUCACUGACUGGGAGAAAGCCAACACUAUGAAAUUAAUAAUUCUCUAUUAAUGGGUUGCCACAUGUGUUGGCCAAAAUAAGUACCCCAAGCUAAUUCCCUAAAUUGUGUCAUCAGCACUCUCAGCAUGAUUUAAUUACCGCCUUAAUUGCACAGUGCAGAUGCAGUGGCCUCCAUAAUGUUUGGGACAAAGAACUGUCAUUUAUUUAUUUGCUUCUGUAUUCCACAAUUUGAGAUUUGUAGUAAAAAAACAAUCACAUGUGGUUAAAGUACACAUUGUCAGAUUUUAAUAAAGGCCAUUUUUAUACCUUUUGGUUUCACCAUGUAGAAAUUACAGCUGUGUUUAUACAUAGUCCCCCCACUUCAGGGCACCAUAAUGUUUGGGACACAGCAAUGUCAUGUCAAUGAAAGUAGUCAUGUUUAGUAUUGUGUUGCAUAUCCUUUGCAUGCAAUGACUGCUUGAAGUCCGUGAUUCAUGGACAUCACCAGUUGCUGGGCGUCUUCACUGGUGAUACUCUGCCAGGCCUGGAUUGCAGCCUUCUUUAGCUAAUGCUUGUUUUGGGGAAAGUCCCCUUCAGUUUUUUUUCUUCAGCAUAUAAAACACAUGCUAUAUUGGGUCAGAUCGGGUGAUUGACAGCCACUAAAGAAUUGACCAUUUUUUAGCUUUGAAAAACUCAUUUGUUGCUUUAGCAGUAUGUUUGGGAUCAUUGUCCUGCUGUAGAAUGAACCCGCUGGCCAAUACGUUUUGAGGUAUUUGUUUGAACUUGAGCAGAUAGGAUGUGUCUAUACACUUCAGAAUUCAUUAAGCUACUACCAUCAGCAGUUGCAUCAACAAUGAAGAUAAGUGAGCCAGUACUGUCAGCAGCCAUACAUGCCCAGGACAUAACAUCCCCACCACUGUGUUUCACAGAUGAGGUGGUAUGCUUUGGAUCUUGGGCAGUUCCUCCUCUC